GCCGCCCUGUACUGUCUAGAGAAGUUAGUUGUCUUCCAUUUCAAUACCACCAGAUCAAACGGCAUUGUGUGGCGGUAUUAUUGUGACCCGCGGGACUAGCCAGCCGAGAGACACCGUUUACUUGAUAUGGCUGUAAACCGUGUCCUCUCCAAGCGGCCAGGAUUUCGCUCUCAGACGGACACAGGCCCUAGAACCAUGGCCCCUUUCGGCAUAUUUUCAGGAUUUGCCUUGCUCUUAGCACUGUUGAUUCUCAGCUGUGUGCCGCAUUGUUAUGCAGUGGGUUGGCAGCAUUGUGAUAAUGUGACUGAUUUGGAUUAUUUGGUACUUCCAUCUCCGAAGACCAAAUCCCAAGCAUCUCAGCAAUGCCAGCGUUCCUCACAGGGAGCGGAAAUUGCUGGGCCCCGGAAUCAAGCUGAAAAUGAUUGCCUGCAUAAGUUUUACCCCUUGACUGGAAUCUGGUUGGGAAUCUCUCUUGUAGCUAACAAAUGGCAAUCUUCUUCUGGAGAAGUAACUUGGACGAACUUUGCGCCCGGUGAACCUAACGGAGGUGAUCCUUGUCUCCAAAUGUGGAAUGGCCGUUAUCCUGGUAAAUGGGAUGACUUGCCUUGUGCAAGCACAUUACAUUUUAUUUGUCAAAGAGUUGCUGUGAAAUGCAAUGUUUCAGCACCAGUUUCUGGCAGCGUGAACGUUACCUCCAUCCACAUUGGUGAAAGUGUGCAGUAUGAAUGCAAUACUGGGUAUGAACUGGUGGGCCCAGCAAUCGCUCAGUGCACUUCUCAAGGAUCGCUGACUGAAAUGCCUAUUUGUCGAGUGGAAAACAACGAUGGAUUUCCAUCGCUGAAGCGUAGUGCUGAGAGCUUGUCCAAUGGUCUUGUGUUGGAGCUUUUCCAAUUAAAAGAAACGGAGAAACUGACGUUCAAGGCUUUCAAAACAUGGCAUGAAGAAGCAUUUCCAUCGCUGAAGCGUAGUGCUGAGAGCUUGUCCAAUGGUCUUGUGUUGGAGCUUUUCCGAUUAAAAGAAACGGAGAAACUGACGUUCAAGGCUUUCAAAACAUGGCUGGAAGAAAUAUCUGGGAGAGAUCGUUCAACUUUAAAUUCGAAAGUAGUGUCUGGCAAAGUGAAAAGACUGAAAGACAGACGUACUUACCUCCUCAAAGCAAAGAAAGAGCAGUGGCAUUUGCUUUCUGAGCAGGUAUUCGAGCUUCCAGCUGGAGAGGCAGCAGGCUCUGGGACCAGAGCUGGAUCAAGCAGUGAAGCUGAGAGCAAAUCUGCCGUGUCCAGUUGUGACCAGGCCACUGUAGAGAUGAUGGCUGCUGAACUUGUGUCCAUGGAAGGAGAACUUGCUACUGUGAACAAAAGGAAAGAUGUUCUGGAGGAGACUGUGAAGAGGCAGCGGGAUAAGAUCAGGAAUGCGACAAAGAAGAUGAAGCAAUAA